CUCCAAGUACCACACAUCCACGUGCAACUCACUUGGCUAUAUAAAUACAAUCAAAACCCCCAAUUUCAAGCCCUAGAUUUCUCAAUCCACUUAUACUCUUCGUUCUCACUUCCCGUUUCGCAGCCAAAUCAUCAAAAAUCAAAACCUAAAACUAAAUCAAAAUUACAAAAAAAAUACACCAUGACUGAUUAUGAAGCAGAAAGAUACGAAGGUAACGGCGGUGCCGACUUCGAAAACCAGAGCUACGGUGCCGGCGGCGCUGAUUCCUCUCCUCAGCCUCGCGGCGCUGAUGAUCACAGCGAUUCUAAGUCUGAGCGUGGGUCUCGUGACUAUGAGAGGGAGUCUUCAAAAAGUAGGGAAAAAGAGAGAAGCAAAGACAGGGACAGAGGUAGAGAUAGGGAAAGAGAUCGAGACAAGGAUAGGGAGAAAAGUAAGGACAGGGAUAGAGAUAGGGACCGAGACAAGGAUCGUCAUCGUGAUCGUGAUCGCCAUAGAGAUCGCACUGAAAGGAGGGAUCGAGGUCGAGAUAGGGAUGGUGAUGAUUAUCACCGAAGCCGAGACUAUGACAGCAGGCAGAGAGACUAUGAUAGAGACAAAGAAGACAGGCAUAGACGUCGGUCGCGAUCUCGUUCAAAGGGUAGAUCUGAGCACAGAUCAAGGUCACGCUCUAAGAGCAAAAGGAUCAGUGGUUUUGAUAUGGCUCCUCCUGCUUCUGCAAUGUUGCCUAGUGCUGCUGCUGCUGCUGUUGCUGCUGCAGUGUGGAAAAUCCGUAUCAAAUUACAUGGUAUCAUUUGGUCAGAUUACUGGGACAACUCCUCCCAUUCCUGGAAUGUUUCCCAACAUGUUUCCUUUAGGGACUGGUCAGCAGUUUGGUGCUCUCCCUGUUAUGCCAGUUCAGGCAAUGACUCAACAGGCUACCAGGCAUGCACGGAGGGUCUAUGUUGGCGGGCUUCCACCUAUAGCUAAUGAACAGUCUGUGGCUACCUUUUUUAGCCAGGUUAUGGCUGCCAUUGGAGGGAACACUGCAGGCCCGGGGGAUGCUGUUGUUAAUGUUUAUAUAAAUCAUGAAAAGAAGUUUGCAUUUGUGGAGAUGAGAUCUGUUGAGGAGGCCAGCAAUGCAAUGGCUUUGGAUGGGAUUAUUUUCGAGGGAGCACCUGUUAAGGUCAGGAGACCGAGUGACUAUAACCCAUCUCUGGCUGCAACACUUGGUCCAAGCCAGCCCAAUCCCAAUCUUAAUCUGGCAGCAGUUGGCCUUACUCCUGGUUCUGCUGGUGGACUCGAGGGUCCAGACCGCAUUUUUGUGGGUGGACUCCCUUAUUACUUCACAGAAGCACAGAUCAGGGAGUUGUUGGAGUCUUUUGGAGCCCUCCGUGGUUUUGAUCUUGUAAAAGACAGGGAAACUGGGAACUCAAAAGGCUAUGCAUUUUGUGUUUACCAAGAUCUUUCAGUUACAGACAUAGCCUGUGCUGCUCUGAAUGGAAUUAAAAUGGGUGAUAAAACUCUCACUGUUCGACGUGCCAACCAGGGCACCAACCAGCCUAAACCAGAGCAAGAGAAUGUACUAUUGCAUGCUCAGCAGCAGAUUGCAUUGCAGAGGCUUAUGUUACAGCCACCACCUGUAGUCACGAAAGUUGUAUGCCUAACUCAAGUAGUUACUGUGGAUGAGCUCAAAGAUGAUGAUGAGUAUGAAGACAUUUUGGAAGACAUUAGAAUGGAAGCCGGGAAAUUUGGUCAACUGGUGAAUGUUGUGAUCCCACGCCCAAGACCAGAUGGUGAAAAUGCACCAGGAGUUGGGAAGGUGUUCUUGGAAUAUGCAGACACUGAAGGUUCUUCAAAAGCACGAGCAGGGAUGAACGGGAGGAAAUUUGGCGGAAAUCACGUUGUGGCUGUCUUUUUUCCAGAGAACAAGUUCUCCCAGGGAGAAUAUGAUGACUAAUUAGUUGUGUAGAGGCUGCUUCCUUCCACCACUUGGGUUUUGCAUCCUUUGAUACCCUGUUAUUAUUAGUGGUUAUGUUUUUAAUGAUAGCUUAGAAGUCUACAACCUUUUGCCUUUGGCUGUUUGAUUGAAUGCCUCCUUGUUGAAGUCUGUGAACAGAUGACCGUUAAACAUUGAACUAGUUGAGAUGAAUUUCUAUGAUAUUCGACUUCUUGCA